CUUCUAAAAACAUUAACUAUCAUAAUAUUCCAUAAAUAGGUCAUAUAUUUCUACAUAUAAUAAUUGAUGUCACAACGAAAAAAAGUCAAGCUCGUUGACCUUUUGGUAGCCUAUAUAAACAUAUCAUAGACGCAACAGAGAGUGCGUGGAAAGAAAAAAAAAACUCAUCAAGAGAAAAGAAAGAGAUAUAGAGAGAUGAGGAGUGACGUGGCACGUCUCAGGUGUGGGAAGACGAUUCCAUUGCUUGGAAUGGGAACUUAUUGUCCUCAAAAAGAUCGAGAGACCACCAUCUCAGCCGUCCAUCAAGCUAUCAAGAUAGGGUAUAGACAUUUUGACACAGCAAAGAUAUAUGGAUCAGAAGAAGCUCUUGGAACUGCAUUGGGACAAGCUAUCUCCUAUGGGACUGUCCAAAGAGAUGAUCUCUUUGUCACUUCCAAGUUAUGGUCUAGUGAUCACCAUGACCCUAUCUCUGCCCUCAUACAAACUCUCAAGACAAUGGGCCUAGAGUAUCUAGACAACUACUUGGUGCAUUGGCCAAUAAAGCUAAAGCCAGGAGUGAAUGAGCCUAUACCAAAGGAAGAUGAGUUUGAGAAAGAUUUGGGGAUUGAAGAAACUUGGCAAGGAAUGGAGAGAUGCUUGGAGAUGGGUUUGUGUAAAUCUAUUGGUGUUAGCAACUUCUCUUCUAAGAAGAUCUUUGAUCUCCUCGAUUUCGCUUCCGUCUCGCCGUCGGUUAACCAGGUGGAGAUGCAUCCAUUGUGGAGACAAAGAAAGUUAAGGAAAGUGUGUGAAGAGAACAAUAUCCAUAUAAGUGGAUAUUCCCCACUUGGUGGGCCAGGGAAUUGUUGGGGAUCAACGGCUGUGAUUGAACAUCCUGUUAUCAAAUCCAUUGCUCUCAAGCAUAAUGCAACUCCUGCUCAGGUGGCACUAAGAUGGGGAAUGUCAAAAGGAGCAAGUGUGAUAGUGAAGAGUUUUAAUGGAGCAAGAAUGAGAGAAAACAAGAGAGCCUUAGAGAUUAAAUUGGAUGAUCAAGACUUAUCACUCAUUGACCAUUUGGAGGAAUGGAAGAUCAUGAGAGGAGAGUUCCUUGUUAAUCAAACCACAAGUCCUUACAAAUCCAUCCAACAACUUUGGGAUAAUGAAAUUUAGUUGAUUAGGGUUUCACAUCAUUUACUUCAAAAUGUAAUUUCAUCUUCACAUUCUCUUUGCUUAUAUGAUCUUUGCAAAUUUGGGUAUAUAAAGUCAUUACAACAUGUAUGAAUCACAGGAUCAAAACCAUUGUCGCCGGCAAGACUGUUAUCCAACGUAACAAAAACAAUUUUUAAUUAGAUAAAUCGGUACCGGCUCAACUUGGUCAAAUUAACUUAGCUAUACUU